AAGUAAUCUAUCUGAAAAGUGUAUCAGUGCGAUGGUGAAGAUUCUUUAGAGAAGAACAUAAGAAAAUAAACAAAACACAUUCAUUAUUCCACUCAUUAUUAUUUUAGAACAAAAGUGAAAUCUGUGUUAUUUCGAAACGGAACAAAGAUAAUAAAUUCAAUAAUUGAUAUUUUACAUAUGUAUAUUAUGUAGUUUAUAGAAAAAAUAACUAAAUACAAUGGAUAAUUUAUAUGAAAAUUACUACGAUGCAAACAAAAAGCAGUUAAACCUAUCGCAUCGUAAUUUGAGAUGUCUUGACUCUGCCACUGUUGCGUCAUAUGCACAUUGUACUGAAUAUUUAGAUUUAAGUCAUAAUCGUAUUAACAAUCUAACAUGGCUCUAUGAAUUUCCCCAUUUAAAAUGUCUAAUCAUGGAUGACAAUCGUUUGAGAGAGGCACAUUUUGAAAAACUACAGAGGCCAUUGACCAAUUUACACACUUUAAUGUUAAACAAAAAUGAGUUGAGUGAUUUGCAAUCGACAGCAAGCAUUUUACAGCGUAUUUUUCCCAAUGUGGAGUACUUAAGUUUGCAUGGCAAUGCCAUGUGUCCCGAUAAUUUAUUACUGCAGCCAUUCUGUGAAUUUGUGCCGUAUGAAUAUAAUCAUUAUAGAACCGUUCUACUGCAUUCAUUGCCAAAUUUAAAAUUUCUUGAUCAUUUUUCUUUGGAUACUGCUGUGCAUUUAAAAACUUCUGCACAAACUAAUCAACUACAAGAGCAACAUCGACACCAGUCUUUACAAAAACAAAAACAACACCAACAACAACUUUUGACAUCAACUCCCAAAGAUUUGUGGUCGAAAUUAAAAAGUUUUCUAACAGCCAAUUCAACUAGAACGACAACAGAAUUCUCAACUAUUAGAAACAACAAUUGUGCAGUGCUUUGUGCUUCUUCCCCAUCUGAACAAACCUAUAGUGGUAUACACUCGGAGGGUAUCGUUAUAUAACAAAUUCCGAUUUAUAAGGAAAAUGCUGCAUACUACAGAGAUUUUAUUUAACAAAGAUUAUAAAGACUUUAAUAAUACGAAUACAUACUUAAUUUAUUUUACGGUUUUAUUAAAAUAAUAUAAUUUUGAGUAAACAUUUUUAAAAUGUCCGUUAUUA